AUGACCAGGAAGCAGCGGCGCAACAGGCGGUGGCUGUGUGUGGAUGUGCCGUCUGUGCAGGAGCUCUCGGAAACACCAGACGAAGAAUUGGCACGACGCACGCUGCCGAAGGGGUUUUAUUUGUGGUUUCUCAUGCACGAUAUGCGUACCAUGUACGCGGUGCUAUCCGAACGUGUCUUUCUCACGCGUGGUGUGCUGGACUAUCUCUACGACUAUACUCGCUGGGGGCCGAAUAAACUACACAGCAAGUUGUUUCUCUGCACCGAAUACAACCAGCACCAGAAGUGCAGCAACGGCUUUCUCUGCCGUGAGGUGCACUGUGGGCUCAGCACGGAAAGCGCUCUGGACGCCACCGCCUUUGGUGUGUUGACCAACGCGAACGGCUGCCCGACAGCAGUGAACGCGAAGGACGGCACCUCGCGGCAGCCGCAGCAGCAACAACCGCCACCGAAUGUGCUGCUGAGCCACACGCUGCACUCUCGAUGGACGCCGGUGUGGGCCGCGGCAACACUUCCACGCGGCGUCACGUUCCGCGUGGCGUUGCCAAACAACCCGAAGCCUGUGGAGGAGUACGACAGCGGGUGGAUCUUCGUAACGAAGGUGGUGCGUGAUCACUACGAGCGACUGCUAAACAAUGAGCCGCCGCUUGUUACGCUGCAGCACUGUGCCAACUUUGCGAAGAAUGGGGUGUGCUGCUUCGGCCCAAGCUGUCAGUUUGUGCAUGUGGUCCACUACGGUGAUCCCUGCGAGAUGAACACAUUGGAGGAUACCAAUUCUGUCAGCAGUGGGAAGAGUUGCGGCAACUCAUCUCCGUCCCAUAUUGGUAAAAAGACGAAGAGUGCUUCUAUUACGGACAGUGUCGCUGAAUCCUCAAAGACAAGUCGUCAUGGGCUCACCUUCUCAUUGCCGACAUCCCCUGGGGCAUCAAUUACAAAUCAACCACGUUUUCAUGCUAGAGAAAACAACGCAUAUGGAAGUUCUUUGCCUAAUAAUCAGUAUGUGCUGCUUCCACCAAAUGUAAUGCAAGCAGAACCAUCACCUAUGGGUCCUCCGAGGCCGCAACUACGUCAACAACAACAACAACCCUUUUUAUCACCUGAAAGUUUAUCUUGCUUUAACCCGAUGGGGGCACCAGUAUUCUUACUACCUGGGUCUGAUCGUCUCCAGCAGCAGCAGAUGCUCCUACAACAACAACAACAACAACAACAACCGGUGUAUACUAUUAUGCUCCCUUCACCUGAUGGCCAGUUGGGUCCUGUGUCGCCAAUCUUUGUGAUGCCGUACUAA